GCGACCGGGAGGCUGGGCGGUCCAGAUUCAGUACCCCUGACCCACAGGUAGGAGGCGGUUCCAGUUAGGGGCCGGUCCCUGAGGUCCUGAGGAGGAGAACGGCGCAGCCCAUGGGACGCCCCCGGAGAUCCGCAGCCCCCGGAUUCGAGGCCCAUGACAACCUGUCAUGAACAGUUGUACCAACAAGUACCCCAGUGAGGCACCCCUGAGCAGUGCUCCGUUCACACCUGGGCUGCACCAACUCCCCUCUCGACUUCCCAGUUUUAGGUGCUUAGAAGAAGAGUUAGCAGAGGUUUUCCACAAGCAAAUGGAAUGCAUCACAGAACUUUGCUAACAUGGACAACUUUGCACAGAAGGACGAACGCCUUGGUAGACCUUCCAGACACACCAACAAGAUACAGAAAGGUUUUACUGCUGCAUAUCCAACAAAACCCUCCAUUCCUUUUAAAUCACAAAUUCCAGUAGCUCCAGAACAAGAAAAAAAAGGAUUUAACAGUCAAGCCAAGAGAUUUUAUCAUAAGCAGGAUGACAUUCCGGGUCCUGGGUUCUACAACGUCAUCCACCAGUCUCCCGUGUUCAACAGCGUCUCACUGUCCAAGAAGGGGACCUGCACCUUUCCCUCCGUGAGCGUCCGCUUGGGCACCAUCGUUUCUAAAUAUCCUGCGGCGAAUGCGUACACUAUCCCAUCAGAUUUUAUUUCGAAGAAAGACUUCAGUAAUUCCUGUUCUAGCAUGUUCCAGUUGCCAAGCUUCAUGAAAGUUCUCAAAUCCGAAACCCCUGCACCCAACCACUACAACGCAAGAGGGCAGAGGCGCGGAGAAGGCAGGCCUCGGACACGCUGCCGUUCCCUGCAGGCCUCCAUCUCUUGCUGCAAGCUAAAGAACAAUGUCUCGGCCCSAGCUGGGUUCCUGUCCAAGACCGGGAGAGACUCCUUCACGGCCACUGUCACAGGACCUCCCCCAGGACAGUAUGAUGUCAACGAAUCCCUUGUGAAGCAGUCACCAAAGUCGUUAAUGUCUUGCUUUAAAUCAAAAACCGAUCGUGGAUUAAAACUGACGUCAACGGGCCCAGGGCCUGGUUACUACAACCCAAACGAUCUCACCAGGGUUCCAAAGAAGACCCAUGUUCCGAAAAACUCGACGCUGAACUUCUCUGCUCAGCCUUUGCCUCUGCCCCUGAAGCCGUCUCUGCCAGGCCCUGGGCAGUACGAGAUCGUGGACUACGAGGGGCCCCCCAAGCACUUCAUCUCUAGCGCGUCUUUUGUGUCCAACACCAGCCGGUGGACAGCGGGACCGUCCCAGCAAGGCCUGCCCGGCCCAGCCACCUACAAGCCGGAAUUCCCGGGAAAGCAGUCGUUCCUCUACAACGAGGACCACAAAUGGAUCCCGGUGAUGUAGUGAGGAAGAAUCUGGAAGCUGGCCACCAGGGCCCUUUUCUUCUUCACCCCCCUGGAGAGCUGCCUGGUGGUUCACAGCCUUGCGUGGAGUCUCUCUUGCACCUCCCCCAGCCCCAGCCCUGACCCCACAGGUCCUGGCCUCUCACUGCUGACCCUGUUUUCCCGUGAAUGCUGCACCCUGGGCCUUCCUGUUAGAACUGGCUGCUGAUGGGCUCUCC